AACCGUCACCGCUGGAAAAGCAUCUGGGCCGUCCCAACCAACAAAGCCUCCCAAAACCGAGGGAACGCUUCGGUUCACAAACACAUCAUCGCCAUUUUCCUCCUCUCUUCACCUCGCCUCGCCUCUCGAGUCUCUCAUCUCUCUUCCCAUUGCCGAACCUCCGCGACCCUCUUCCGCCCUCCUUUCCCCCCACCCGACCAUCCCGCGCCGAGCCUGCUGUAGGUGGCGCGAGUGCUGAAGCAGCAGCCAUGAAGUCCAUGAAGGGGCUCAGCGUGAAUAAAGUCUUCGGCAGCAUUAGGAAGAAGGCCAGCAAUGUGUCAGCUCGCAGUUCCGACGGUGUCAGCGGCACCACGCCCGCCUCGACCCCCGAAAUCACGGCUCACAACAGUGUGAAAGCCUUUUGCGAGUCUGGAGGAAAAGCACAGAGCGAUGAAGUCCUCUUCCUCCCCCCAAUCGUCGAUGCCGCCGAGUGUUCUCCGAGCGCCGCCGCCGAGUGCGCGCGCAUCAUCCGCAAGUACAUGUCCCGAGACUACACCUCGCGGCCAUCAUGGCAGUACAACGCCAUCAUGCUCUUGCGCAUAUUGGCCGACAACCCGGGUGCAACCUUUACGAGAAACUUCGACCAAAAGUUCGUCGAUACCACUCGCCAGCUUCUGAAGGGUGCGCGCGAUCCCAGCGUGCGCCAGAUCCUCAUGGAGACGCUCGAUGACAUGGAGCACACAAAGAUGGAUGACGAGAACCUGGCCCUGAUUAUAUCCAUGUGGAAGAAAGAGAAGGAGAAGGCAUACAAGGACCACCCGGUUCGAGGACAACCAUCGAUGCCCCAACCGCCUCCCCCUGGCCAAGCUCCGUAUAACCCCCAUUCACAAAACUACUUCGCUCGGAGCCACUCCAACAAGCGACUACCCGACCCCGUAGAACUGGCUAGCCGCCUCGAAGAGGCUCGCAUAUCAGCCAAACUUCUCGAGCAGGUGGUCAUGAACACCCCUCCGACCGAGAUGCUCGACAAUGACUUGAUCAAGGAGUUUGCCGAUCGCUGCCAAAGCGCUUCCCGUAGCAUCCAAGGGUACAUGACGUCGGAGAACCCCACUCCAGACAACGAGACCAUGGAGAGCCUCAUCGACACAAACGAGCAGCUGCAGACGGCCCUCAACCAGCAUAAGCGUGCUGUCCUCAACUCUCGCAAACACCUCGGCCUCGGUCAGCGCACCGAAUCCAGCACGCCCGUGAGUAUGCCCCAGUCCAACGGGUCUGGAGUCGAAAGGCGCGACGAGCAUCGAUCCUCGUCGGACUCUCGCAACCCUCCGUUGCCAGACCGUCUCAGCCCGACCGGUAACGGUAAGGGCAAAGAGACGGACGACUAUGCCCCACCUCCCGGUCCGCCUCCGGGCGUAGGGUCCUCUAGUUCCGGCUUCAGGCCGCUCCCAGACCAGGCCUCUAGUGAACCCUUUGAGGACCCCUUCCGAGACCCUCAACCCGGCGGCUCGGCCACCCACGCGGGUCCCAGCUCCAACGGCGACUUCGACAACCGCCUGGCCUAUGAGCCCUUCCACCCCGGCUUCGGUACGACCGAGAGCUACCUGAACCGUCAGGACAGUGCCGCUGGCAAGGUGGCCAUGCACGGUGCCGCGACUUCCGAGACAGUUGACCCGCGGACGCGACGACUAGCUACCGACGAAGUGUCAGAUGACGAUGACCUCUAUGAUGCGCCAUCUAGGACCAAAGAGGCCCCACACAAGUACUAGAGGAUCGAGCAGUACGAUAGGGAGUAGGAUUGGC